AUGGCUCCCAGAGAUGCCGCCCUCGAGGCAUCGCUCAAGUCGAGUACCAAGGAACUGUUUGAGGGUGCUGAUAGAGAUUCGCUCACUGUCAAUGCCGUUCGCAAGCUGGUCGAAGACAAGCUCGAUCUCGACCCGGGCUUCUUCAAGUCGGAGAAGUGGAAGGCUCGCAGCAAGGACAUCAUCACGUCUACUGUUACGGAAUUGGAAGAGGGAGCCGAUGCUGCAUCUGCGCAACCCGAGGUCGCGCCCAAAAACGGUGCGAACCGCGAACCGGCGGAAGAGGGCUCCCCAGUCAAGAAGCGAGCCAAGAUUGAGCGACCCAAGAAAGCGGCCAAGCCUGCGAAGAAACCGGAACCCGACAGCGCGAAGAAGCCGGCCAAGAAGAGAAAACUUAGCAAGAAGAGGCGGGCUGCGGAGUCGGAUGAAGAUGAAGACGAGGAUGACGGUGACGAUGGUUUCAAGAGCGAAUCCUCGCUUGCAGAGGGCAGCGUCGAGGGCGAGAGCGACUUUGAAGACGAGAAGCCGAGGAAAAAGGCCAAAGUGCAAAAGAGUGAGGCCGCGAAGCCCGCGCAGAAGAUGAAAGCUGUCAAGAAGGACGAGUCUGAUGAUUCGUCACCUUUGAGCGAUCUGAAGGACGAAGACGUGGAGGACAAGCCCCUGUCGGACGAUGAUGAGAGCGAGAUGUCGGAGGUUUUGGAUGAGCCUCCGAAGCGCAAGAAGGCACAGGCACCCACAUCGUCGAAAGCCAAGAAGGACGAUGACUCCGAUAGCUCGCUGUCGUCGGUCCUCGACGAGCCUCCAAAGCGCAAGGGCAAAUCACAAGCUCCGCCAAAGGCAGCCAAGGCGAAGGCCAGCACCAAGGCCAGUAGCGAACUGUCUCCUGACGAGGCGGAAGUCAAGAAGCUGCAAGGCCAGCUUGUCAAGUGCGGCAUUCGCAAGAUCUGGGCGUUUGAGCUCAAGGAGUACGGCGACAAUGCAAAAGCCAAGAUCAGACAUCUCAGGGACAUGCUGAAGGACGCCGGCAUGGAUGGCCGGUUCUCCGAGGCCAAGGCGCGAGAGAUCAAGGAGCGGAGGGAGCUCGAGGCAGACCUGGAGGCGGUCCAAGAGAUGAACAAGAACUGGGGGUUGGACGGUGGCCGCCGGGCGUCGCGGAGCCGGGCGAAGCAGUCACUCAAGGAGCCUAGCUCGGACGACGAGGACAAUGAAGGCGAGGCGGGAGACAACAAUGACGAAAAUGCCGACGAAGACGAUGGCGGAUCAAAGCCUGUGGCCAAGUCGAGAGGGUCGGCCAAAUACAAGGCAGACCUCGCCUUCUUGGGCGACGAGAGCGAGAGCGAUUCAGAUUGA